GCCAGGUGCCCGGCCCCUCCCUGGCGCAGGUGAAGGCGGGGCGGAGUCACUUUCAGUUUCGGGCAUUGUGGGAAGGCAGGAUGGGCGGCGGGGCGCGCACCUGAUACUGAGGGGGGAGCCGGGGCGAGCCGCCCGGAGCAGUGACCAUGAUACGCUUUAUACUGCUGUUCAGCCGACAAGGGAAAUUAAGACUGCAGAAGUGGUACAUAACGUUACCUGACAAAGAGAGGAAAAAGAUCACACGGGAAAUUGUUCAGAUUAUUCUGGCUCGCAGUCAAAAGAUGAGCAGUUUUGUCGACUGGAAAGACCUAAAGCUAGUUUACAAAAGGUAUGCUAGUUUAUAUUUUUGCUGUGCAAUAGAAGACCAGGAUAAUGAGCUGCUGACACUAGAGGUUGUUCAUCGUUAUGUAGAACUACUGGACAGGUAUUUUGGAAAUGUAUGUGAGCUGGAUAUUAUCUUUAAUUUUGAAAAGGCUUAUUUUAUUCUUGAUGAGUUUAUAAUGGGUGGAGAAAUACAAGAAACAUCAAAGAAAUCAGCAGUGAAAGCCAUAGAAGAUUCUGAUAUGUUACAAGAGACAAUGGAGGAAUAUAUGAACAAACCUGCAUUUUAACUUUAAAACCUCUUGGAGGGACAGAGAUGCUGCUUACUAUCUGUAAAAUUCACUUGUUGAAAUUGCUUUUCUAUGUGCCAGAGCCUCUGAGAAAUACCAAAAACCAAUAACUAAAGGGAUUUGUAUAGUAGUCAAAAUGAAGGUCAGCUCCAGUAGUGUAUAUUGUUCUAUAUAGGAGUUUCUUAAAAGUGUUAUUACACUUAAUCUAGCCACUAUCCUCCUCCUAGACUAAAAACUAGUUUUUAUACAAUGGCUUUUAGCUAUGAACUUUUUCAGUCUAAGAAAAUAUUUGCAAAAGAUAUUUAUACUAGUUUUAGUCCAUCACUGAUUGCAUCAGUAUACUUUUGUAAUAAUAUAUUUUUUGAAUGUAAUGAUUAUUCUGGUCUAAUAAUAAUAAUUUUUCUUAAAAGCUGGGUUUUUUUUUUCUGGAGUCUGCUUUGAAGACCUGUUAACACUUAAAAUGCAUAUGCAUCUCUUCAGCUCACCCUCUCCUGCCACUUCCUAGUAGGAGUACUAUCUUCCUUCUACCACUGGCUCUUCCACCCAAUAAAAUGAGAGCUCUUCCACCCCCUAAGCAUACCACCUCCACUUAGUACUAGAAGGCCACAUUCCUAGUCUAAGUCGGAUUCUGUGAUCUUCUAUGCCCUUCAUGGUUCUAUGUGGCUGUUCUUCUCUGCUGCUAUGUUCUGAUGACUUAUUUCCAUGUUUUUCCCCCACCCCAGCCUGACCUUCUGGUAUAACCUUCCCUCUUGUUAGAUCCGGGACCAAAGAAGAAAGAGACUGACUGUUAGACCCCACUGGGAGGGCAGGUCUUGAGAGGGAGAGAUUAUUCCUGGCAAGAAGGACUGUUAGUGUCUGGUGGAAUUUACUCCUCCCUCGAGUCCCAACUUACUCUAACUUUUAGUGUCCAGAAAUGGCUACUCCUCUCCAACACAGUCCCCUGAAAACUAGCCAGUCCAAAGUUGGCAUACACAUAGAGAUUAGCCUGGUUCUUAAAAGUUGCAAGUGGCCUAAUAUUGAUAAGAAUGGACACUAUAAUAAACCCCAUUGUAAUUUUGCAGACUAUACAAAGAUGGAAGAGACCAAGAAUAACAAGACAGAGAUGAGAAUAAUCAAAUAUUUGGACUAACUUUAUAAUAAUGUUUUGAUAAAGUGUUUCAGAAGAGGGGAAAAAAUAGCAUGUUACCUUGUCUAGUUUCCUUCCAAUGAUGUAUUUUUCCCUUUGGGUUGACCUUGAGUGCUUUGACCUGUUUGUAGUUUGACUGAACUCACAUCACUUGAGUGAUUGUUUCAUUCUAAUAGGCUUCUAAGGUAAAAGACCUUUUCCUAGUUAUUAAGUUUUCUUUUCUCUAUUUCAUCAUCAUAUUAUUCUUCUCUAGACCCUUUCCAAAUCAUGAAAUUGUCUUCUAUAUAAUUUAGGGAAUUCUUUACUUUUGGAUGACAAAUACACAGAGAUUACAGGUUUGAUUUCCCCAGUAAUGUAUGUUUUUUUUCUCCUUCACUUCCAAGCUUUUUGGCACUAUGGUAAAAGCCAUAUUUCAGUUCCUUUUUCAUCAUUAAACUUCUUGAAUUAUUAUUCUAAA